AGAAGCACGUGGGUACAGACUCGUCAAAAUGGUUCGAAAACUGAAGUUUCACGAGAGGAAACUGCUGAAAAAAGUCGAUUUUAUAUCAUGGGAGGUAGACAACAAUCUUCACGAGGUCAAAGUUAUGAGGAAAUACUUCAUACAACGACGGGAAGACUACACAAAGUACAAUAAACUUUCAAGACAGAUUCGAGAGAUAGCCAGGAAAGUGAAGGAAUUGAAUGUGAAAGACCCGUUCAGAUCGGACGCUACCUCCCAGAUGUUGGAGAAGCUUCACAGCAUGGGCCUGAUUCCUACCAAGAGAAGUUUGGAGUUAGCCGACAAAGUCAACGCCUCUGCAUUUUGCAGACGACGACUUCCUGUCAUCAUGGUAAGAAACCACAUGGCAGAAAACUUAAAAGCUGCCACGACGUUCGUGGAACAAGGCCAUGUCCGUGUAGGCCCUGAAGCAGUCAUGGAUCCAGCUUUCCUCGUCACAAGAAAUAUGGAGGACUUUAUUACCUGGACAGAUACAUCUGCCAUCAGGAAGCACGUGUUGGAGUACAAUGAUUUGAGAGACGAUUUUGAUCUGAUGUCAUGAUACAAGCUCUUUAGAACUAAGAUUAAGACCUUCAUGCAGUGGGAGAGAUAUUUGUGCAGCAUAGAAAGAUGGUGGACAUAAAAUCCCUUCUGCCCAUGAGAACAAAACAGAAGCAUGUUCUGAUGAUGCCAGUCCGCAAAGAUCAUACAUUUCUUGGACACUACAUGCAGUGUUACAGAGUGGACAAAAAGCAGAAUCUACAUGGGAGUGACUUCUUUGCACUUUGGCUUCUUUCUGCUGUAUUGCCGCCAUUAUCUUUACAAGUUUCAGUUACAGUGGUGAAUUAAGAAAGUGGUGAAAAGGUCCUUCUUUGCCCUUAAAGUUACAUGUACAUAAGUAUUGGGCUAUUUUUCAAUUUUGACAUAAAUGCAGAAAUCAAAGGUGUAAUAUAGAAGGAGGCUCUCUUGACAACAUUUUUAUGGCACACGUCAACUCAAAACAAGUUCAUAUUUUGUGACUUUGAGGUGAAUGUUCUAGACAUGACCCACAUUCUACAUGGAACAUUCUUCUGAACAGUAUGCAACUACUAAGAAGUAAUUAAAUUUCGUUUGGCGUAUAAACUUGAACUUCAGAAUCACUUAUAUCAUUCUAUUUGUGUGUGGUUAUGUUGAAUGGUAGGCAUUAAACAACAAUAAAAUCACAAAAUUUGGAAGAGUACAAUUGAGAUAUAUACAUAUAAAGAGUGUGGGUUCUCUGUAGACUUUUUCUGAAAGUCAAAAAUGAUACUGUAUACAAUAUUACCCUUUGAAUAAAUUUCACCUGUGUUUCACAUGAACAUGUUUGUGAUAAGACUUUUCAGGAUAUUUUAGAACAGGUUAAGAAUAAAAUACAUGUAGCUGUUUAAUGGUUAGAUUGUUCAUCUGGCUCACUGGAGGUUCAGGUUCAAACCCAGUCUUGAUUGUAUAAAACAUGUUUGUGGUUUCUUUGCCAGUUAUUUAAGCGUUAAGACAGUAUAAUGACUGGUCAUUGUCACUAAGCUGUGACUGGUUGAGGUGUCCGGUUGAGAGUGUUUUCACAGGAAGAAUUUAUUUAUGUAUUCCUUUGGUGUCUAAUGCGGUACUGAAGAAUUAUUCACAUAUACGAUGGUGGCCAAAUUUAAAGG